UUUGUAUUACGUCACAUCCGUUUUCAUGCGACGUUUGAAAAAAAAUGUCACGUCUAUAAAAGUCUCCGAGCACAGCAACGGGCAAGUAUUUGCAUCUUCCAACAUAUAUAACCAUGAGGAACUCAAAACAGAUAUAAAAUGACACACUUCACAAUAUUUGUGUCAUUGCUUCUCGUCUUCGUCGGAGAAGCAGCAGGAGAAACAUGUCGAUUACAUAUAUUGGAGGAUGCCGCGGAGGGGGUGACAAUGGGAGAGCGAUUGUUCUGUUUCCUGUUUUUCCCGUACACGCCACCGGAGGACGUAGCAUACCAACUGUGCGACACACCCCAGUCAGACCAUUGGUUGUCCCUGGAUAACAUGUCCACCAUCAUAUCUGAUAUCAACCCGAGCUGGCUUGCCGUUUGGUUUUACUACAACCUGACCGUAGUUUUGGCAGCGUACUACAAUGUAUGGAUGGCUAGCCGUUACCCACGUCAGAUCCUUUGUAAAACAACAAGUGAAAAGGUGUGUGAACACUCCAAACGGAGGAAAUUCAAAUGUCGUAACGAGGAUGAAAAGCGGGAUAAAUUGAGGUUUUUGAAAGUACAGAAAAACAAGUCUGAUAUUCUUCCCAAGUUUAUACAUCUGCAUAAAAUCAACUACAGUUCCGGCAGUUUGGGGAAGCUGGAAAUAAAUGGCCAGACUACGCAUAGACACCAGACAGCGUUCUUCAGAUUGAGACGGAGGUACUCAGCCGAGAAGUUACCGAGACACAUAAUCAUGGACCUGUUAGAUGCUGGUACGUUGCAGCAAAAUAAACACGCUUUGCAAAGCGGAAGGGAAAACAGCUUCAGAGACGCCAGACAAGAAACUGUUGAAACGUUGUUAAAACGAAAACAUGAUGAAGAACGGAACCAGAUUUUACAAUCGAUGUCACCAGAUGUGGGAGACGGGAACGGAGGAGGUGGUGGUGGUGGAGACUUUGUGGACGGGACAAACAUACAUAAUAUCGGUCGUCCGUGCGCAAGUUCUAGCUUUAUAUCUACUUUUGAUGCGGAAGCAAUUGAGCCAGCAGAAGUCGACAGCGAUGAAGAAGACUUCGUUAUUGAAAAUAAUGGAAACUUGUCGCAAGGCAGCUCCAGUCUAAGAAGAAAUCUGGAACAGGGGAAUGAGCGAACCGAUAGCUCUCCAAGACACCACGAGUACGAAGGUAACAGCCGGACACACCAGAGCUUCACCGACUGGAUUCCAAACUACCUUCCGAAUACUCCAGACGACACCUUCAUGACGUCAUUUGAUGUCGGUACGGAUCGGAGUACAAUAUAUGACGAUCACGAAAACGAAAGUACCUUGAUGACGACAAUGAUGGAAAGCUUUGUUAGUAUGUCGGACAGUCUACAGAAGACAGCCACGUGGUACGGAAGUGACGACUUGGAAGUAUCCCCGUUCCAGUGGUUGUCCGCUGUCUUGGUUACCAGAAGACUUGCGAAGAAAGUCUGGGCGCUUGUGUUUGGACAUCCAGGUCCGCGUCCAGUAUAUAGCUCUCCGCCCCCUCGGGAUGCCUCUCCGAUGAAUGAGUCGACAUCCACACCCCCAUUCCGACCAACAUCUCAGCAAUAUUAUCCUGACUUUCAGUCAGAACUGCCUCGAUAUGAAAUGGUAGAUUAAUGGAGAUGCGACAGACACAAGAGUACUAAUAAAUUAUAUAAUAAUGAAGUGUCUCAAUC